AUAUCCUUCAGCCUCUCAUCCAAUACUCAAAGCAAAUACAUACCCUUUUCAUAUUUGCCAAUUCCUCUUCUUCAUUUUUGCAAUUCAUUGAGCUAUGGCCUCAAGCAAAUCAUUGAUCACAGCUUUCCUUCUUGCUCUGACCUUGUCAAGCAUGAGCAUGAGCCAAGCAACUCGCCAUCUUAUGCAAACAACUGCACCAAAUUUGCCUAAAACAACAUUGCCACCUUUGCCUUCACUUCCAACAUUGCCUCAGGCCAAUGUUCCACCUUUGCCUACAAUCCCAACACUGCCACAACCAUCUCUUCCUACCAUUCCAACCGUUCCACAGGUGACUCUUCCACCACUUGCUGCCACUUCACUUCCAAACUUUCCCACCAUCCCCUCCUUCCCCUUCUUCUCCCCACCACCUUCAGCCACCGCUCCCUGAAUGAAGCUACUCUGCUUGUGUUUGAUAGACACUCAUCUUUGGAGUUUGAUCCAUACAUUAGACGUGUGAUGAUGAUAUUAUACAUUGUUCGUUUACUGCUGAGGAAUGUUUAUUUUAAUCUUUCAUUUUCCUUUGUUAUUCGAUCUUGUAUGCAUAGGAUUAUUGUUUUUUCAUCCCCCUCCUUCCUUCAUGUACUUGGAGAUCAUCUAUUGUUAUACUUGUAAUACACGUUAUAUAAUAAACAAUUCAUAUGUUACCUUUUAUGAAUA